AUGUCCGUCACUCCGCCCACUUCAAUUUGUCCCUAUGGUGACUCCUCGGACAAUCAGAAUGUUCUCUUGCAUACUCAGAUCGAAUCUAUUCCAUCUACUCGCCAGUGCUCCUGUCUUAAAACGGUGGCAUAUCUCCUUGGUGCCCGUCAAGACCUACCUGAUCUGGUCCACAACUCAGAGACCAACCGCAUCCGUGCUGUUCAGUCGUGGUACUCGUCUGAAUCAUCAGACGAACAACUGUCAGAACCACACCCCACCUGCUACCAAGGGCCCGAGCAGCCCGAGCAUGUUGAGAAAGUCGAAUUUCGAAUUCCAUUGAACACUGCAGAUAGGAACAAAUCAACGACAUACAUAGAUAUCUCGAGUGCCUUCAAGGCUGCGAGGACGGAGCAGAGGUCUGGACAGAAGAAGAAAGUUGUAAUUGACAUCGUCAAUACCAUGCCUGCGCUUAAAGGAAAGUCAACAAAACCACAAGCAGGAAGAUGUUCUGCAAGCAAGCAGAACCUCAAGGUGUCUGAUGUGAAGAAGUAA